AUGUGCCCCAUAUGCGGAAUAGAGCCUGAGACUACAUUCCAUAUUAUGUGGAACUGUCCUUCAGCGAGGGAUGUUUGGAGUGUAGGGAAUGCAAAAUUUCAGAAGAAUGUUUAUGCUGGGCCAGAUUUUCUCCAGGUCGUUGAUGGCAUGCUUCGGAAAUGUAGUGGAGUGGAAUUCCAGCAAUUUGUGGGAGUAGCUCGUAGAAUAUGGCAUAGGCGGAAUGAGUUUGUGCAUGGAGGGUCUUUUAUCCACCCAAGCUAUGUUCUAAAGCAAGCACUUCAGCUCUCUGAAGACUUCAACAAUCUGCUCAUGACGUCUCAGGAGAGCUCCACUCCUGUUUGUAGUGGUAUGCUCAAAUGGCAGCCUCCCCCCUCUGGAUGGUAUAAAGUGAAUUGGGAUGCAGGAAUUGACAGGAGGCACGGAAGACUAGGACUGGGGGCACUCAUUCGCGACUCUCAGGGGAACUUGGUGGCCGCAAAAAGCUUGUCCCACUCGGGUCUUUUGGAUCCCACCUCAGCAAAGGCUUUGGCUGCGUUAAUGGCCAUUAAACUGUGCAAAGCUUGGGGGUUCCACAACCUGAAAAUGGAAAGUGAUGCCAAGGUGCUGGUGGACGCGGUGAAUUCCACGGAAGUAGAUGACAGUAGUAAAGGUCACUUAGUGGCUGACAUCAAGCUUUGUUUAGUGGGACUGCAGGCCUGGAAGCUUGUUUAUAUCCCAUGUAAGAUCAAUUGGGCUGCUCAUGCUUUAGCUAGUCUGGCGAUGACCGAAAAUCUUGAUAGUGAAUGGGGAUAUGUUCCCCCUGAUUGUAUUGGCGGAAUUCUUGAGGCAGACCGCAUUGGAUCUGUCUCCUCUGAUUUGUUUUAA